AUGGCUUUGAACCACAACCCUUUUAUUGAGCUGCUGGCUGACUGCUCCUUGGAAGAUCGAGAUGAAACGCCACCACCGACCAACAAUGAAUCGCAGGACGAUGAAUUUGUUUACUACGAAAGCGGCGAACCCUAUUACAAAUGGGAAGUCAACUCCUUCAAUGUCGCUGAGUUCGAAGAGAGGUACGGCAACAGGCCCAUCUUCACUCGGGAGUUCCUUCGAUAUAUCGCAAAGAAAAAGGACGACGCAGAUUCAGCGCUACAGAAAGACAAAAGCCUGACGCUGUUCCAUACGCCUAGGAUUGAGGAGCCGGGACAUGGUGACCGAUUCAUCAUAGGAGAGGUGCGUGACAGCCACCACUACGACGAUGACAUAGUCAGUGUACGAUACCUAUCCCGUGUUGAACUGCACCCAGAGUUCCAACAGCUUCGUCGAACCUCGGAAUCCGUCGGUUUAUUGCGAGAGUAUAACGACGAUGUUGAUACGGAGGGCGAUUGGCUGCCAGUGCCGUUCGCGCUUCAAUUGGUCGAACGAGACCAGAGUACAUAUCAUGCAGACGUAAACAAGAUGGGAGAGUGGCGAGACCACUUGCAGCAAAUGAAGAAGUUCUGGAUAAACAGCAAAGCUUGUAAGGAUAUUGGGGAUGCUAUCCUUGGAUGCCCGAUUCCUGUGCAACGCAUAGUAUGCUUCGGAUUAGGAACUUUGCCGUUUGAAGCAAAAGACUUUAACAGGGUAUUGGAGCACUUGAUGGUCCUUCAACUUGCCGAACUGCUCGAUGAGACCAACAAGGAAAAGGGUUCGUCAAUUUCGCCCGUAGAAGUCUUCCUCCAAGAUCCGGCAUACCAGAAGAAGGAUCGACAGCUUCUCCAAGGACUGCGACAAGGCGUCAAGUUCGUCGAAGAUCCCCAAGGCGUUCUUGCGAUCGACCAAAAUACGUUGGUAAUCGGUGCCUUUGUACCGACUGCUUUUCCGCUCAUGCAAAUCAUGGCGGAUUCGUUCGAGGAGGGUCAGGGUCCGGCUGCCUUUUUGAUCGAUAACAUCCAGCGCAGGUGCGAUGAACCCGGCAUGUACAAGAGUAAUGAUCGACUUUCACCACGCGCGGAGCACAUGGUGGAAAACUACACCAAGCACUCUGGCGUUUUUUCAAAAGAAGCGUUGCGCAAGGAGCUCCAGGAGGCGCUAGUAGGACAUCCGCGGUAUUGGAUGGAGUCCAUGGGCCUUUGGACGAGGAAGAAGGACGAACAGGCUCCUGCAGGAAAAGCUGCUCCUUGA